UGAGUGGGGCUGGAUCUCGCUCAGUGCGGUGAACGAGCUCGGCAGAGCGGCUGUGCGGAAGUUCUUUCAUCCGUGCUGCAGAAGGGGCUUGCUUCGCCCUCGCGAUUAUUCUCGUCACAAGUUUAUGGUUGGAUAAAAGCGGUUCAGGUGGAACUUCUGGACAGUACACCCCAACUUGAGUUUUACUACAUCCACAGUCUUCCUCAUUUAUUGUCGGGUGAUGGCGAGGCCGAGCCACAGUGAGCAUGUGCUGCAGCAGCUCAACAACCAACGGGAGUGGGGCUUCCUGUGCGACUGCUGUAUUGCCAUUGGCGACAUCUACUUCAGGGCCCACAAGGCAGUGCUGGCUGCGUGCAGCUCCUACUUCCGCAUGAUGUUCAUCCGGGACCAGCAGGGGACAGCUCGCAUGGAUCUCAGCAACAUGCAGAUCAGCGCAGAGUGCUUCGACCUCAUCCUGCAGCUCAUGUACCUGGGCUGCAUCGUGGUGGGCAGCUACGAGUUUGAGGAGCUCAAGGUCUCAAUGGCCUCCCUGCAGAUGUACUACAUCCCAGACACCUUGGAGGACCUCAGGGACAUCAGGAACACCUCCAACCUCACACCGUCCUCCUCGGCCUCCUCCUCUUCCUCCACCACCUCAUCCAGCUCCUCCUCCUCCAUUGGCCCGGCAAUUGCAGGAAAAAUGAUGUUUGGAGUCCGCAUGUACGAACAGCAGAAGCCAAGCACCCCAGAGGGGGAGCCCAAAAGUUUGCCCAAAGUUGCCAUCACUGCUGUGCCUGUGCGACCAAGCAUUCCUGCCCCAGUCAACAGGCCUCCACUUGUGGUGGAGGAUGUGGCGUCCCCUUUGGUAGUAGUUGCACCACCGUUUCUAGACAGUGUGGCUGAGCAGCCUUGUGACCUGCGCAAGAGGCCCGGUGGCCGGAGUGCCACCCUGAAAGAGCGCCCCCGCUUCGGGCGCACAUACACCUGCGACGACUGUGGCUUUGUCUUUAGCUGCGAGAAGUUGCUGAUCGAGCACAUCCUCACCUGCACCAAUCGUAAGGCCUUUCAGGUCCCCAGGACCAGCUCCGAGGCAGACAACGACUCCAGCAAGGUGGAGAGCUCGGCCUCUGAGGGGAUGGAGGAGCACAGGGUGGUCUGCAAGGGUGAAGAGGAUUGGCCGGACCACAAGUCAGACGCUGACACAGUGAUCAGGUCCAUGACAGUUGGUACGGAUAACGAGCCUGGUUCUGCUAGGAAUAUCACCAUCAAGGUGGAGCUGGAAGAAGACGUGGUGUCUGAGAUGGAUGGCAUUAAGGUAGUUCAGGUGGGAGAGAUCAGUGCGAGGCACAGUGCACUCAGCAACACUAUGAGGGAACCGAUUAAAUUUAACCGGGAGGCAGAGGCUUGUGUUUCAGUCAUGGGCGACAGCAACGAGCCAUUCGAGGGGCACAUGUCCAGCAACAAGGAUUCUGGCAUACCUGUUAAGAUGCGCAAGAUUAAAGAGGAGAAGCAGGACGGGGACAGCGCACCGUGUGAGCUGUGCGGGGAACUGCUCACAAAGGAGGACCAGUCAGCUCACUACAUCUCUAGCCACAUGGGCCACAUCUGUGCCUGCGGGAGGUGUGGCCAGGUCCUAAUCAAGGGGAGGCAAUUGCAGGAGCACGCUGAGCGUUGUGGCGAACCUCAGGGUGCGGACACCGACUCCCAUGGGGAGGAGGGAGACUCACCCCUGCCCGAGGACCCGCAGGUCAUGGACGAUGGGCUGCUGGAGGGGGGUGACCUGGCCUGCCCCCAGUGUGGCUUGCUUUUUCAGAGUGAGAGCCUAGCAUUGGAGCAUGCUCUGGCCUGCCACGAGCAGGAGCUGUUCCGCCCCGCCCUGCUGGAGGAUGGCGGCGUCGAGCCGGACCACCGGCGCAAGCACUUCUGCGCCAUCUGUGGUAAGGGCUUCUACCAGCGCUGCCACCUGCGGGAGCACUACACCGUCCACACCAAGGAGAAGCAGUUCACCUGCCAGACGUGCGGCAAGCAGUUCCUGCGUGAGCGGCAGCUUCGGCUGCACACCGACAUGCACAAGGGCAUGGCGCGCUACGUCUGCCCCGUGUGCGACCAGGGAACCUUCCUCAAACACGACCAUGUGCGCCACAUGAUCUCGCACCUGUCGGCCGGCGAGACCAUCUGCCAGGUGUGCUUCCAGAUCUUUCCCAGCGGAGAGCACCUGGAGAAGCACAUGGACGUGCACCUGUACAUCUGUGGCGUCUGCGGGGAGAAGUUUCGCCUUCGCAAGGACAUGCGGAGCCACUACAACUCCAAGCACACCAAAAGACUGUGUCCUGCCUGAAUUUAAUGCAUCUGUUACUUAAAAGCCAUAAAUGUGAGAACAAAUUUAUGCACUUGAACACCAAAAAAAGAAAACCUAUAAAAUCUGCACUUUCAAAUUUGUAUGAAUAAUCAAAAUGUGUUAUUGCCUCAAAUUUUGGCCAUUUUGUCAUUUAGUUUCACACCCCUGUACUAAACACACAUUACUGCCAUUUGUUGACAGUGCCACAGUAGACAAAUCCUUGGCUCAUCUUUUAAGGCUUUUGGAAUCUGGUGUUUCUCAGCAAACAGCCUAUGCAAUACACAGUUCAUGGAAUGAAGUGGAUUUAACUUAAGUUCCUUGCAAAGAGGUGUGUUUUGAUUGUAAUAUGAAUCCACACUUCAAUAUAGUCUUUAUGAGUAGUUACUGUACAUAGCACUUGUGCAUUUACAAUGAAGAAUGGUCUUGCCUUUGCUUUGGCGGUGCCGUGCUCUUGCUUUACAGGUGUGCAUGAGAGUGGCAUUGCAUUUCUGAACAUUGUCUGCCAGUCGAUGCCACUUUGCAACGCUCACUUCUUUGUCAUUUCAAUGUAAAGCAUUAGGGACAUGGACAAGCAUAACUGAAUAUCUCAACAAAUUGACUGAUCUGGCUCCUUGUAUUUUAAAAUGAUGCUACGAAAUGGAAAGAGAGGCAUCGUUUGUUUAGCCCAAUCAUAACAUAGGCUACAUCAUGGUUUUCCAAAAUUCUGUUUUAGACAGGCUCAGAAAUUCCUGUCUUUAAAGGCCCAGUGCAGUCAAAAACGUGAUUUCCCUGUGUGUUAUAUAUAUUGCCACACUAUGAGGUUGGAAUAAUACUGUGAAAUUGUGAAAAUGAUGAUAUAAUGCCCUUUUAGUGUAAGAGCCUAUAGGGACCAGCACAAAAAAAGUACAAAAAUGUAUGCACUCACUACUGUAAGUCACUCUGGUUAAGAGCGUCUGUUAAAUGACUCAAAUGUAAAAGACUGGUUUUGGUGGGGUGGAGUUUUGGCCUGCCUGGUGACAUCACCAGGUGGUAAAUUAGUUAAUAGACCAAUAACAAAGAGUUCCAAACCUCUCUGCCAAUAACAGCUAGUUUUCAGUUUUCCCUCCUCACUCAGACCACUCCCAGGCAGUCCUAGCAAAUUUCUUGCUUGAGAAAUUCCUCUUUGCUAAGAAGGUAUUUUUGUUUAUUUCUGACCAUUUUAAUUGAAAAUAAUCACAGUAAGAAACUUAAUUGUUACCCAGAAAUGAUUUGAUAUUGAGAUAAAAACAGCUGCAUUGGACCUUUAACCCCCAAAUGAUAGUUUUUACACCAUACGGUUGAUUUAUUUUCUACCAGAGUUGAUACACAUGACUACAACUCAUAUCAGAUAUGAACACUUUUUUUUUCAUGAAAGUUGCUUUUUAAGUGGAAAGUUCAAUAGUUGUGAGAACUUCAGAUUGUAAAUAGGACACAAAAAACACUAGAAUGCUUUACUCUUGACAACGGUUAUCACCUAAUUCCAUAUGAAAUCUUUCAUGCCACCAAGGCAAGAUCAUGCACUCGCUCUUUUGCUUAAUCAAUUAUUUCACGUGUUUACUAUGCAAUGUUGGGCUAUACACAACUCUGAAACUUUCAUUCGCUUUUCAAACAGCCUUCGAUUCCACGUAUUUCUAUUGUUGAUAUACAGUAAUGUCAGUAAUACAGUUAUGUCUACAUUGAUUCUUAUUCAGUUUUCCUGGUAAGGAAACAAUUAGCAACAUAACUUCGACCCAGUGACUAUAGGACAGUAAUUUGGCUUUAUAGACAAUCAAAAAUUGUAAUAUUUCAUUUUUGCAUACUGUACACAGACUAAAACUAUGUCUGAAUCCACUCUUGGGAACUUUUAUGUGCUAAUCGAUGACUUCAUUCAUGUUACAUUUGCUUUCUCUUCAGCUUGGAUAGAUUUAGUCGGAAGCUUCCUUUAACAUUUGCCGUUGUAUGAACUUUUGUUUGAUUGCAUUACACAGCCAAUAUUAAGCUUUGUCCUACAUUGGUAGUGUUAUAUUGCGGGGUGUUACUUGAGCAGUGUGUCUCCUGCAUGUUGGACAAUGUCACACGUGUUGCUAUUGUGAAAUGCUAAUCCUUUUGUUUGUUUGCCCUGCAGAGAGAACAUACUCUAAAACAUCUUGAAACAACAUGCAGUAGUGUGGAAGCUGGUAAAGCCUCUUAAAGUAGCUAUCCAGUGUUUCCAAAUGUCUAUGAAAUAUGAUCUAUAAUUAAUUACUAUAGCUAGGUUUCCAUCUAAUGGUGACAGAUUUCCAUGUGAAUAUUUAAAAAAAAAAAUCUGCAUAAAAACAAAAUGCACAUUUUUCCACCAGAGAUGUUGCAGAUGAAAGGCUAUGCGUGAUGACGUAGGGCACGUAAAAAUAGCUUUCGCGUUUAAAUUCUCAUGUACCGACAAAAAAAAUACAAGUUAAAUGGGUUUCCAUCACAUUCAACUCUUUUUAUGGUUUUCUCACCCAAAAAAUGGCAUUAUAUAGCUGAGUGUUCCCACUCCGGUAUUGGCAGUGCGCUCCAGCAAACAGUGCACAGAUACAGUACUGUUGGCUAGAGCGCACUUAUAGCCUACAUCAGGGAUCAGCAUCUAGAUUUUUUAUUUUAUUUCACCUUUAUUUAACCAGGUAGGCUAGUUGAGAACAAGUUCUCAUUUGCAACUGCGACCUGGCCAAGAUAAAGCAUAGCAGUGUGAACAGACAACAACACAGAGUUACACAUGGAGUAAACAAUAGACAAGUCAAUAACAUGGUAGAAAAAAGAGAAUCUAUAUACAAUGUGUGCAAAAGGCAUGAGGUAGGCAAUACAUCGAAUAAUUACAAUUUAGCAGAUUAACACUGGAGUGAUAAAUCAUCAGAUUCAGCCGUGGACUGAUUUUUUAAUUUUCUUGAGUGGAUGGUCAGGUGGCCAGAACAUAAUUACAAAUAAUUUGUCAACUGCAAAUUGACCUAAAGAAGCCCAAACUAUAUAAUAUUUAACUAAAACAGAAUCGUUUCAAACUUUGCUUACAUUUGUAUACGAUCACAUACUGUAUAUCUCUCUAUUUACAAAUCUAAAAUCACUUGGAGCUGAUUUGCUGGUGUUUGUACAGUCUUUUUUGACCAACAAUAAAAAAAUAUAUAUACAAAUUUUCACAGAAAACUUGGGACAAAUUUGUCCCCCAGGCCGCCAGUUGGGGAACCCUAGCCUACAUGAUGACAUUAUUAUUAAAAGCGUUUCCACUGACAUUUCUCACAUAAUUUAUUUUGCAGACAAAAAAGAUCCCACCUUGUCUAGUGUAUUUUGUUUUGUCGACAUUUGGAAAGUUUACCGAAAACCUUUCAGUUUCCAUCAGGCCUGUCUUUACAUUUUAUACCUGACAUAUACUUUACUCGCAUAAAAAGGUUAGUUGGAAACCUGGUUAAUAUGAGUGAAAUAUCUUUCUUGGGAAAAAAAAAUAAUAAAAAAGUUAAAAAGCAGCUUUUCUGUGUUUGAAUGGUGUGGGCGUAUACUGGUCAUAAAAAUAUCCAUGACAAGUAAACAGCUGAUUGGCCAGCUCAGCCAAUGAGUCAGUGGGUAGAUUCGAUUAUACUGAGCAGCGGGGUACCUGGCAAAGGCACAUUAUAUCAUCGUGCGAAAGAGGGGAGGGGAAAGCGCCCUUCUCAAAUGGAACAGUAAUCUACGCGGCUCGGUCAUUUUGUCAACAAGGCAGCGUGGUGCAUCGUCCAGAAACAUACAUAUAUUUUCCAUGAAACAAAUGUUAGAAUUUGCUAAAUCAUUUUCAUUGGGAAGGCAGAUAAAGCUCAAAAGCAAUCACUUUUGCAUUUGAAAACACAAGAGUCCUACUCAUUACUCCACGUGCUCCUACGUCGCACCUAGCUCAUGCCUGAACUUUCACCCGGUGCAAAACAUGCCUACGUGGGCGCCUGGGCGAAAUUAAUCAAACCCCUCAUUGAGACGUCUUGGCCAAAAAUUUUGGCCACAAAUACAAGUAUAGAAUGAGUCAAAAUUAUUUGGGUACGAGUUAAAAGAUGAGCUUUUAAAAGUUAGAUUUUGACUGGGCAGUUAUUUUAAGCCAUCAUAAUGUAGGCCUACAACAUGACCAUGUACAGAUGUAGGAUCUUAAUUUGAUCACUCUUUUGUUGCAGAGAAUUUUACUGAAUUUUCCGGAACUGUAAAUUCACUGAAAACCCACACUAACACACGGUUAUAUUAACAGUAAUGGCAUUUUCAUGUAGCCUACUUUUGGCCAGCUAAUAGCCUAACCACAGAUCAAGAAACAUUGCGUUCAAAUACUUUUGCUGCAGGAUUAUUUUAGCUAUAUAGGUCAAAUUUAAGAUCCUACAUCUGUAUGGAGGUUGUAUUUUAGUAACCUUAACUGGAGUGACAUCCCUUCAGGGGAUAAAUUAAGAAUUAUUAAUGAACAAGCAAGCUAAUUUCUGUUUAUGAUCUACUACUCAGGGCCCUAUCCAAUCAAAAGCAAGGUAAAACAAAUUGAAAUUAUCCUUUUUUUUCUUCAGACAGUAACUGUACCUUGGUUGUGCGGAAGAAGAAAAUAACAUGGUUGUGAGGGGUAAAAAAAAUGGUUUUCUUUCAUUAAGUAUAUUAGAGUGAGAUGAGUUUGAAAACCAAACCGGUGUUAAACAAAAGCAUAAGUAAUUUCUGUGUUUUCACUGCUGCAAUUUAAAUGUGUUAUUGCUUUUUAGAACCGUUAAAGUAAUGCAAAAUGGGUACGAAAAUGUGUUGGUAUGCAUACAAUCUGGUAACUCAUGUCACCUCAAGUGAGGCUUUUAUAGAGUUAACCCACUUGGGAGAGAUUGUAAGGAGCCUACCGUGGCAAGGGUUGUAGUAUUUUAUAUUUCACGAAGGAAAAAUAUACAAAGGCUGUUUACACAGGAAGACUAAUUCAGAUUUUAUAUUUUGACAGAUCAAAUAUUUUGCCAAUAAUUGGGCAAAGACCAGAAUUGGGUCACCUGUGUAAACACAGCCAUAGAGCUAUGUUCAUUUGCAUUGCAAAUCGUAUAUGAUGAGUGAUUUUGCUUUAACUACACACAGCCAAACUAGGACUAGGUCUGCACCUGACAACAAUCCAAGAUAUAUAUCGGAGGGAGCACUGAUUUGUUCUCUAAUCCACACACAGGGCAGAAAACAAAGGCUGCAUUUACACAUACAGACAAAUCUUUUCACCCUAUAAUUGGUCUCUUGACCAAUCAAAUCAGCUCUUUUGCCAAUAAUUGGGCAUAGAUCAGAAUUGGGUUGCCUGUGUAAAUGCAACCAUAGAGCCAUGUUCAUUUGCAUUGUAAAUUGUAUAUGAUGAGUGGUUUGCUGUAACUACACUGUCGAUAUGAGACAUUUUUAGGAUAAACAAUAGUUGAUGGUCAUGAUACAGCAAUUGAUUGCAUGAAAUGAAAAAUUAAAUAAACAAGAUUGAUAAUAAAGAUGUUCACCAACCAA